AUGAAAGUCUCGUUUACCAUGUCGCUUUCAAAGUCCCUCCUACUUCUUUGCUGGAUCUUCUCUGUAGCACUAGCCCAAUCGGCUUGCACGUGCAACAACGUUGAUGAGAAUGUGCGCUCGUUCAACGAAAACUCGACGGAACAAGUCUUCAGCAACCUCGCUACUGAAAUUGCCUUCAUCGGUGGCUAUCUGAUCCCUGGUACUCUUGGUGAGCCACACAAGAUGGGGAUGCUUCAAUCUGUUAUGUAUGAAGCGUACGCUGCCAACGGAGCCAACGAUUGGGCACCUUUGACUGAGGCUGGAAUGAUACGAAAGCAGGUUGUCAACACAACAGAUGAAGACGAGAUUGCCCAAUUUGUUGCACACACUGCCUACGGAUGCAUUCGCCGACUGAUCUCUGGAGCUGAUGAGAAGAUUGCUCUUUUGGAUACCAAGAUGCAAAGCCUUGGAUUCAAUAGUCCGAGUACCGAUAUCCUGAUGCAUGAAAGUGCUCCCUUGGUCAUGGGUGUCCUACAAAAGUUUAUGCCCGGGCCUUCUCCUGACAUCAACAUAAUCAAUGCUCCAUCCAAUACUUCUGUAAACGCCUGCGAAGGCCUUGUUAAUGCAGCUCGCUGGCAAGCACUUUGUGUCCAUGAUCCACAACACCCUGCUGAAUGCAAGACUCAAGACCUAUCUUUUGGGCCAUUGUACGAUGCCAGACUCAUCGUUGCCGAUGGAGAGCGCCAAAUCAAUGAUCUUAUUGCGCAAGCUGCUAUUCCAGGUGCCGAACUGGACUCUUCCUCGGAAGAAUUCAUUGCCCAACACCGUGCUGUUCUUGAAGCUAGUGCCCAUUUGGACGAUUUGGCCAAGUUCCAAGCUGAGCACUUCCAACCCAAUGCCGUUGCUCUUGCACACAGCAUGAUCUUGGAAGAAAUUGAAGCUCGUGGACUUUCAUUGGAAGAAUCUAUUUUGGUACUCUUUGGUACCAUUGGAGCCGCCCGUGAUGCAGUGGCCGGAAGUGUGACGAUCAAGCUGAAUAAUCAGAGUGUCCGACCCAUCACUGUUGCUCAGUGCCAAUUCCGUGGGGUUCAUAUCCUAGGAUGGAACAAGCCAUACAUGGGAGUCCGAAACAUGACCAAUAAUGAAGGCGAUCUCUGGACACCAUACUUGCCUACACCUCCUCAUCCAUCGUACACAUCGGGACAUGCAGGAGCCGCCGGUGCUGCCAUGGCUGCCCUCAAGAGAUUCUUCCCAGACGGCCUCAUCCAAGGUGCCAACUGUGCUACAAGAAAGGCUGGAACCAGUCGUUACGAGCCUAAGAUUGAAGCUGGUCAACCAGGAUAUAUUGCAAAUGUGACCGAUGUUCCAAACCAAGGCCCAGGAACUGUCGGCUACUCUCCUGCACAAGAUGUUACUAUUUGUACUGCUUCGUUCGAUGACUACGCCGAGCAAAUUGCUGAGAGUCGUUUGUUGGGAGGUAUUCAUGUGCCAAUGGAUAACCACUAUGGACUUCAAUGGGGUCGAUACAUGGGCAAUCAUUUCUACGAAACUCGUGUUGUUCCUCUUCUUCCCGCAGACGAACCCGAGGAAGAAGAACCAGCAACAUGCUCAUGCAAUAACGACCUUGAUAGCAAUGCACGUCAAUUCAACGAAUCCUCGACUGAGCCUGUCUACAGCAAUCUCGCCACCGAAGCCGCCUUCAUUGGCACGUACUUGAUCCCUGGAACCCUUGGUGAGCCACACAAGUUGGGUAUGCUUCAAUCUGUUAUGUAUGAAGCAUAUGCCGCUAAUGGUGCCAAUGACUGGAGCCCGCUUACCGAAGCUGGAAUGAUCCGCAAGAAACUCAUCACCACCACUGAUGAAGAUGAGAUUGCCAAAUUUGUCGGACACGCCGCUUUUGGAUGUAUUCGUCGCUUGAUCUCAGGUGCAGAUGAAAAGAUCGCACUAUUGGAUGCUAAAAUGAAAAGCCUCGGUUUCAAUUCUGCCGAUAUUUUGACGCAUGAAAGCGCUGCUUUGGUAAUGGGUGUCCUUCAAAAAUUUAUGCCUGGACCUUCUCCUGAUUUCAACUUGAUCAACACUCCAUCCAAUACCUCCUUGACCAACUGUGACGGAUUGGUUGACGGUUCUCGCUGGCAACCGCUUUGCGUCUACGACCCACAAUAUCCAGGCAAGUGCAAGGCCCAAGAGCUUAACUUCGGGCCCUUGUAUGAUGCCAGACUUAUUGUUGCCAACGGCGGGCGUCAGAUAAAGAAUCUGAUUCAAGCGUCUGAUGUUGGUAGUGCCAUUCUUGAUGAUUCCUCUGAAGAGUUCAUUUCUCAGCACCGUUCGGUAAUGGCUGCAAGUGCCCAAUUGGACGACAUGGCCAAAUUCCAAGCUGAACACUUUCAACGAAACGCUGUUGUCCUGGCCCACAAGGUGAUCUUGGACGAAGUCGAAGCCCGUGGAUUGUCUUUGGAAGACUCUGUUUUGGUACUGUUUGGCACCAUCGGAGCAGCCAGAGAUGCCGUCGCAGGUAGUGUCACCAUGAAGCUAGACAGUCAAAGUGUUCGACCCAUCACUGUUGCUCAGUGCCACUUCCACGGAGAAGAGACCAUGGCGUGGAACAAGCCCUACAUGGGAGUUCACAAUAUCACUAACAGCGAAGGCGAUCUCUGGAGAUCUUACUUGCCUACACCUGCUCAUCCAGCCUACACAUCUGGGCAUGCUGCUGCCGCCGGUGCUGCUAUGGCUGCUCUCAAGAGAUUCUUCCCAGAUGGCCUCAUCCAAGGUGCUAACUGUGCUAGGAGAAAGGCUGGAACGAGUACCUACGAGCCUAAGAUUGAAGCUGGUCAACCCGGGUACAUUUCAGGUGUGACUGAUGUUCCAAACCAAGGACCCCGCACCAUUGGAUAUUCCCCAGCCGCAGAUGUCAUUAUUUGCACGGCUACAUUUGAUGAUUAUGUCAACAAGGUGGCGGCAAGUCAAGUGCUUGGAGGUGUUCAUAUUCCAAUGGACGACGUGAAUGGUCAAAAGUUUGGCGAAUUUAUGGGCAACCAUUUCUACAAUAUUCGUAUUGCUCCCAUUUUCGCAACUCCAUCUCCCUCUGCAACAGCGACAGCCCUGCCAACAAGAGCAUCACCGCCUACUUCUGCUCCUGGAUCAAGAUCCUUUAGUGCCGCAUUUGAACGAGGCGUCUGGGGAGUUGUCACGUUUGCUUUGACCAUGGGCUGGAGUAUGAUGUAA